AUGUCCACUGUUGCAUCUGUCUCGCUAUCUAUCCAUCCGGCUGUCAGGCUCGAGGAUAGCUUCAGAUUUCGAAAUCCAACUCGCGAAUCCAUGCAUUCAGACAGCAGGGUUCGGCGUGGCUCGGUCUUGCUGUGUUACUCCAUUCAGCCGGACUCGAACAGAGAGGAUCCUCAUGUCCUCUUCCCAAUCAGUUUUCCGUGUUUCCGCAUGCCAGGCUGUCCAUGCGCCAGCCUAUCUGUCCAUCUACAUGAGUAUAUGCGCGUGUCCAUCUAUGCAUGUGUUUAUGUGCUCGUCUGUCCUAAUGUCGCCAUUGGCAACAGUGGCUUCACUUCUCGCCGAAUAAGACUGUCGGUUGACUGUUAUGCAGACACACUCGAGGCAACAGUUCACCACCGCACAGACGGUCAAGUGGCGAAGGAGAGUGUAGAGAUUGGUUGUUCGAGGUGA